CUCCACUUGCAUAACCAGGGAAGAGUUAGCAUGCAGCAUAGAUUUGGAAUUUCGUAUUGGCCAAGUGAGGGUGGGGCUGAAGGACACACAACCUGCCCUACAAAAGUGAACCAGGGAUGGAGUACGGGAGAGGGACAUAAGCAAGACCCUGGCCUGCUCCAAGGAGCAGCCGUGCAGCCAGCAGGAGACAGAAGACCACGUGCAGCCAGCCCCAAGGACGGGUCCUUUGUUCGUUCCUGGGCUUCUAAAGACACAUCUCCCUGAAUCGGUCCCGAUUCCGGAGUUGCAGCCAUGAUGACUUGGGCAACACUGAUGCCUCUGCUCCUCGUGGGAGCCCUGGCCCAGGAUGGGUCCGACUGGACGUACUCAGGGGGGCCACUGGAUCAGGACCACUGGCCCAGGGAGUACCCUUCCUGCGGGGGGGAGAGACAGUCGCCCGUCAACCUGCAGACUAAGAAGGUGCAGUACAACCCCUCCCUGAAGGCUCUGAACCUGACCGGCUAUGACGCCCAGGGGCUUGACUUCCCCAUAAUGAACAACGGCCACACAGUGAAGAUCAGCCUGCCCCCAACCAUGCGCAUGACAGUCGCUGAUGGCACCGAGUACGUGGCCCUACAGAUGCACUUCCACUGGGGUGGCGCGAACUUCGAAAUCAGUGGCUCCGCGCACACCAUCGACGGGAUCAGAUACCCAGCAGAGAUUCAUAUCGUUCACUACAAUUCCAAAUACAGCAGCUUCGACGAAGCCAAGAACGCCCCGGACGGCGUGGCCCUGCUGGCAGGUCUGAUAGAGGUCAAGUGGUUUACCAGAAACCCUUAUUACAGCAACUUACUUUCCCACCUGAAGAACGUCAAGCGUCCAGGACAAAGCACAGUUCUGAGUGGCCUUAACAUUCGGAACAUGCUGCCUCAAUACCUCAACCACUACUAUACCUACCCGGGCUCAUUCCUCACUCCUCCCUGUGAAGACAAUGUCCAGUGGUUUGUGCUGGAGGACACGGUCCCGAUCUCCAGGACACAGAUUUCGAAACUCGAGAACUCCUUACUGGACAACCAGAACAGGGUCAUGCAGAAUAAUUACCGUAGGACCCAGCCCCUGAACAGCAGAGUGGUGGAAGCCAGCUUCAUGUGUCAGCCUGAUCCACAACAUUUUCUAGGCUCUGAGGUCCAGUGUUCCUCAAGGUAGAUCAACCACAACCUCAAGGACUUGAGAAACUAUGUGGAAGACAAGAAAGCAUAGACAGAGAGCAGCACUGAGCUGGCAGCUCGAGCUGGUGCAGGAAGAGCUGGCCUCCCAGAGUCCACGCCCUGUCCUGGCUCCCGCAGCGACCCCCCGGUGAAAUCACACACAUUGAUCUUCCUAAAUCAUCAGCCAGCUCUAACUUCCCUGUAGUGUUAGGUGUAAUCAUGCCUUUAGAUGUAAUAA